GUUUGAGUCUGCAUCUAUCAAAAUCCUUCUAUUCGUUCAUUGGUACGAUAUAUGUUUAUAUUGCUGCAUUUUUAAUCGUACUCGUUCAUCUAACAUUCAAGCGUGAUCAUUUUUUGUGGUGUCGGUUUCGAUUUUAGUGAAUUUUGUGAUAUCUUCGAUAUCAAUUUGGGUAUACGUUUGGUAAACUCGUUGAAGUUUCCAACAACCGGAGAACCAUGUCUGAUCAUCAUUUGGCAGUACACAAGAAUUUGAAGGAGCGAAUCGAUGAUUUGAUAAAGGCAACAUACUUAGAACGAACAAGUCCAGUAAGUACGGCUGAAGCAAAAAUAUAUUACGACCAUCUUACAUCAAUUUACGAGAGAAUGGUUGCAUAUGAACUUAAAAUCGAAGCAACAAUUUCCAAUUACGAGCGAUCCCAGUGGUUACUGGAAACUCGCAUAGUCCACAGGCGGGUGGUCGAUCUGAAAGUAGCAUUACAGAAAAUCAUUUCUUCAGCCGAGUCUACCUCACCAACCGUAACCAAAGUAGAUGAUCAUUCCAUUAAAACUGAACCAUCCGAAACCGAGAAAAAAUUGGACUUCCAUAUUCGACAACAAAUCUUCCUCAUCAGACAAAUCGAAUCGCUAGAGAUACCCGAUGACAUUUGCGCAGUAAAAGCUGAAGUAAUGUACAAUCAUCUUUCUCAACUUUACAAUUCGUUCAUCUCAAAUCAAAUGCAAACCGAAGCACGUGUCGACGACGGUGCCACUCUAGAAAAUCAACAAAAAAUCGCCAAAGAAAUCCAACAAAAAGUAAUCGAUUUUCAAACGAAGCUGAAAAAAAUCAUGCAACCAAUCGCAUCAACUUCGACGGCAGAAUCCAAGAUCAAUAUCGAUCAUUCUUCUCAACCAACACAAACCGAUACCGAAGCUAAUUUAGAUUCACUUGUCAAAAAAAGAGAAUCUCUAAUAGAACGAAUAUCUUCGCUGAAACCUGAAGAAGAACUCAGUCCGGAAAAGGCUGAAAUAAUGUACAAUCACCUCAAUUCGCUUUACGACUCGUUCAACUCGAAUCAAACUGAAAUCGAAUCACAGGUCAGCGGCUCUACUCUCGAUAGCCAAUUGGAAACUUCCAAGAAAAUUCAAAACGAAGUGAUCGAUCUUCAAACAACGUUGAAAAAAAUCUUCGCACCGAUCGUAUCUCCAGCUUUGGCCCAAUUUGAGAUUUCUCCAUCAGAACAAAUUAAAUCAAAGGAAUUAGAAAGUAACCUUCAAACGAUGAGACUCGAAUUGUCGAAAUUUAUAACUUCGUGCAACAAAACGUUAGAAUCGCAUGAAAAUGGGAUUUCCAGGGACAUCGACAUCUUAAGCUCUAUGAAUGAUCAUUUAAAAAUAUCCAAGGAAAUCCAAACUCAGAUAAGUUCACUCCAAAUUACAGUGAGUAAAUUCGUCAACGCCAACGAACGCCGAGAAAAAAUCACCUUCAAUAAACUGGAUAAAAACCCCGAAAAAAAUGGACACCAACAACAAGAUAAGAAUUCCCGGAGUAAUGAUCUAGAUAAAGAGACUACGCCAGGACAACGUUGUACGAGUAGUUUUACUGCUGCUUAUGAAAAGUAUUUAGAAACUAUGAGGAAAAAUAAUCUUCAAAAAGAAAAUUCACAGCUCAAGUAGGUGUAGGUAGGUAGAGGUACCUGGAUUUAAAUUUACGCUCUGACUGCUAUCCGAUAAGGAAGUAUUACUGAAGACUUUGUAAUUUAUUUGUAGUUUUUAAAAACACGUAUCUGUGAUUAAUUUAUGCAACUUGAAAAUCAGUAACGUGAUAGUAAUUAGGCAGUGGCCAAUACAAAUGUAAAUAUUAUUUAUAACAUUGUAAUAACAUGAACUACUCAUUUUUUAAUUUUCGAAUACAACUCUUGAAAAAAGUU